AUAGCAUGGCGUCAACCACCACCGACACAGCGCCCAACGCAUUCGUGAUUCCUAAAACCUGCAAAGCCGGUAUAGUAGUCAACGAAGGGCCGGAUUUCAGUGUCGAGGUACGAAUGGUACCGGUUCCAGAACCUGCUCCUGACGAAGUUCUAAUCAAACUCAACUGCACAGGAGUUUGCGGCUCCGAUAUACACUACAUGACAGGUGACCUGGGAAGACCGCCCAUGAGCCACUUCGGUGUCAAAUCAGCGGGUCAUGAAGGGGCGGGAGUGGUUGUGAAGUUGGGUGCCAAUGUGAAGAAUUGGAAGGUGGGGGAUAGAGCGGGGAUUAAGCCUGUGUGGAUUACCUGCCAGAAUUGCGAGCAGUGCUGGACGGGCAGGGAGCAGCAUUGUUCAAAGGUUUUGAUGGCUGGGUCAAAAGUUACUGGAUCAUUUCAGCAAUACGUUACAUCGCCCGCAUCAUAUACACAGGCAAUUCCUGAUGGUGUUGAUGACUAUACCGCCGGCCCGAUCAUGUGUUCUGCAUCGACUAUGUACCGCUCAUUGGUUGAAUCUGGCCUUAAGGCAGGCGAAUUUGCUGUCUUCCCCGGUGGAGGCGGAGGUGUGGGUAUACAAGGAGUUCAACUAGCUACCGCUAUGGGCAUCCGCGCCAUCGUCGUGGACUCUGGGACGGAAAAGAAAGAACUAUGUCUCAAAGGGGGUGGUGAGUCAUUCAUCGACUUUAGGGAUGUCAAAGAUACAGCUGCCGAGGUCAUACGAUUGUGUGAUGGGAUUGGCGCGCACGGUGUUUUUGUCACUGCCCCUGCCGCAUAUCCCACUGCUAUUGCCUAUGUUGGAAGCAGAGUUGGAUCAAGUGUGAUGUGUGUCGGCAUUCCAUCUGCCGGCACCAUGACACUAGGCGCAGAGCCUGAGAAGUUCGUGAUCCAAAAUAUGGGGAUAAAGGGAACUCUCGUUGCUUCUCGUGCGGACAUAGCACGAACGCUGGAUUUUGCGAAGAGAGGUGUGUUAAAGCCAAUCCACAGUGUUGUGUAUCCUAUCGAUAGACUACCCGAAGCUGUGGAAAAAAUUAGGAAAGGUGAGACGGUGGGGAGAAGCAUUGUCGAUUUCAACUUGUAGCUUUAUUAUAGCUUCAUGUCCCC